AUGACAUUUCAAUGGGCAGAGACCGUCUUUCUAGCGAGAUGGUUCCGGGAUUUAAAUGAUGAAACGAAAGAAAAUGUGAGAGCUUUGAUUAAGCGCGGUCAACUUGAAAUCGUUUUGGGAGGAUGGGUUAUGCCCGAUGAGGCGUCCACACAUUACAUCACAGUGGUAGACCAACUGAUUGAAGGUCACCAAUGGUUAGAUGAGCACCUGAGUGUCAAGCCCACGACCGCCUGGGUUAAUGAUCCGUUCGGGUACUCAACCACAAUGCCAUACCUCUGGAAGUUGUCUGGAAUGGAUAACCUGCUUAUACUUAGAAUAAAUCAGAACCUUAAAGCUAAACUUAUGUCAAAGAACAGUCUCGAGUUUUUCUGGCGACCAUAUUGGAAACACCUUCGCAACGACAGCGACGUCCUUACGAGUUUAAUGCCUUUCACGAACUAUUGGAUUGAUGAUGUAUGUGGACCGAAUCAGAUCAUUUGUUCAAUAUUUAAUUACUUACAUAUCGGAGAAAAGGGUAGGAAUGCCGUGCAAGUAACCGAGGAAAAUGUCCAUAUUCUUGCGGAACUACUGUACCGACAACUUCGUGUAACGGGUGAGCUGUAUCAAUUUAACAACCUCUAUAUUGGUUUGGGUGAAGACUUCUCAUACACGAGAGCUCAAGAAUGGGACAACACCUAUCUCAACUUUGAGAAAAUUCUUACCUACAUAAACAAUAAAUCUGAGUGGAAUAUGAGGAUAAAAUUUGGAACGAUGUCGGAAUACUUUGCGAAUAUCAGACAACAAGCAAAGCUCUUGACGUCUAUAGGAGAAACUACUAGGAAUGCCGCAAGUACGUUCCCGGUACUUUCCGGAGAUUUCUUUCCAUACACAGAAAGGAACCAGGAGUUCUGGACCGGUUAUUUCACUACAAGACCACUUCUAAAGAAGUUCUCCCGGGACAUCGAGACGCUUAUACGAGGCGCAGAUAUUUUCAACGUUAUGGCUCAUUCCAUGUUCAAACAUUAUUGGGUACGGUACGCGGCCAUGACUGCUGUAGCCGCGGAGUUGACGGCAGCCAGACGGGACCUGGCCAUGUUCAUGCACCACGAUGGCAUAACAGAAAAACAGGAACUAUUUUCUGUGUCGUUCGCAGUAGACAUUCCGGCAUUUGGAAUUGAGGUGUACACAUUGAAACCAACGCAACAAGAAAACAAUAUUAUGUCCUACCUACCAGUUACUUCAGAGGAACACCCUCUCAAGAUAAGUAAUGACCACAUAGCAUGCGUAUUUAAUGCAAGUACCGGUAUGUUGCAGUCGGUAACAGUGAAUAAUGUGGAAACAAAAAUGGAAGCGCAGUUUAUGAUCUACCAAUCCGACCACGGCGGUGCGUAUAUCUUUGGUCCUAAAGGCGAAGCAAAUAGAUUUAAAACGGAAAAACUCGAGAUACUGCGUGUCCAUGGUAACCUUUGGUCUGAGGUUAUAAUAAGGUCAAAUGGGUUCGUGGAAAGGUACCGGCUUUUCAACAUCGAGGGGAUUCAAGGGCUUGGUGUGCACAUUUCAACAGAAGUAGAUAUUGCGGCAGUAGGCGCAAAUAACGUGGACGUCAUUUACAGAUUUAAUACUGAUGUUAACAACGACAUUAAUUUUUACACUGACCAGAAUGGAUAUCAGUUGAUGGGGAGAAAAACGAAUUCCAGUCACAGAAUUGAGAGCAAUUACUACCCUAUGGUUACUAUGAUGGUCAUUGAAGACUCGAACACGAGGCUUACUUUGCACUCCAAACAAGCCCAUGGCGUCAGUAGUCUGACAUCCGGGCAAUUUGAGGUGAUGCUUGAUCGGCAUACGUUCCGUGAUGAUGGAAGGGGGCUUGGGCAGGGAGUGUAUGACAAUGUGAGAGUUAACAGUGACUUUGUUCUGCAACUGGAACACAAGAAAAGUAAGACACAAACUCAAGAGGAAAGAAAAACGAAUUAA